AUGGAUGCCACCGCCUUCCACCCAAGUCUGUGGGGCGAUUUCUUCGUGAAGUACAAGCCUCCAACCGCGCCCAAGCGUGGACACAUGACGGAAAGAGCCGAGCUGUUAAAAGAAGAGGUUCGCAAAACGCUCAAGGCGGCUGCAAACCAGAUAACAAAUGCUUUAGAUCUUAUAAUCACACUGCAGAGGCUUGGGCUGGACCACCACUACGAGAAUGAGAUCAGCGAGCUGCUGCGCUUUGUCUACAGCAGUUCGGAUUACGACGAUAAAGACCUGUAUGUAGUCUCGCUGAGGUUUUAUCUUCUGCGGAAACAUGGCCAUUGUGUUUCAUCAGAUGUCUUUACGAGUUUUAAAGACGAGGAAGGGAACUUCGUGGUGGAUGAUACGAAAUGUCUCUUGAGCUUAUACAAUGCAGCGUACGUUAGGACUCACGGGGAGAAAGUACUCGACGAAGCCAUUACCUUCACCAGACGCCAGCUUGAAGCUUCAUUAUUAGAUCCACUGGAACCAGCAUUAGCAGAUGAAGUACAUCUCACCCUUCAAACCCCACUCUUCCGAAGGCUUAGGAUACUGGAAGCAAUAAACUAUAUCCCAAUAUAUGGGAAAGAAGCUGGACGAAACGAGGCCAUAUUAGAGCUUGCAAAGCUGAAUUUCAACCUUGCUCAGCUUAUUUACUGUGAGGAGUUGAAAGAGGUUACACUAUGGUGGAAGCAGCUUAAUGUUGAGACAAACUUGAGUUUCAUUCGAGACAGAAUCGUAGAAUGUCAUUUCUGGAUGACAGGCGCGUGCUGUGAACCACAGUAUUCUCUUUCACGGGUCAUAGCUACGAAGAUGACAGCCUUGAUCACCGUAUUAGAUGACAUGAUGGACACCUACAGCACAACUGAGGAGGCCAUGCUCCUUGCUGAAGCAAUAUACAGAUGGGAAGAGAAUGCCGCAGAACUACUUCCAAGAUACAUGAAAGAUUUCUAUCUCUACUUACUGAAGACAAUUGAUUCGUGUGGGGAUGAACUAGGACCAAACAGAAGCUUCCGGACAUUUUAUCUCAAAGAGAUGCUAAAGGUGUUAGUCCGAGGAAGCUCUCAAGAGAUAAAAUGGCGUAAUGAAAAUUACGUCCCAAAAACAAUCAGUGAACACUUAGAACAUUCAGGACCAACGGUGGGAGCCUUUCAAGUAGCAUGUUCUUCAUUUGUUGGGAUGGGUGACAGCAUAACAAAGGAAAGUUUUGAGUGGCUUUUGACAUAUCCAGAACUUGCCAAGUCUUUGAUGAAUAUUUCACGACUCUUGAAUGAUACUGCAUCAACAAAGCGUGAGCAAAAUGCGGGGCAGCAUGUGUCCACGGUCCAAUGUUAUAUGUUGAAGCAUGGGACAACAAUGGAUGAAGCAUGUGAGAAGAUAAAAGAGUUAACUGAAGACUCAUGGAAGGAUAUGAUGGAACUCUAUCUUACACCAACAGAACAUCCAAAACUCAUCGCACAAACAAUCGUUGAUUUUGCAAGGACAGCGGACUACAUGUACAAGGAAACAGACGGAUUUACUUUUUCACACACAAUCAAAGAUAUGAUAGCAAAACUCUUUGUGGAUCCAAUAUCAUUAUUCUAG